AUGAGGAAACACCGUCUUCCCUGCCCCCCCCAGCUUCCUGGUUCUCAGCACAUACGGAAGCUGCCAGGCAGUGCUACCAUGUGCGGGGCCUUCAUCUUCCUUCUGGCCCUCCACCUAGCCGGGGCCAGCCCAGGUCAGACCAGUGCUCCCCACACCCCCACAACCGCCUCCCAAACUCCCCUCCCAACCCUGCUUAUAUCCCUUACCCCCCGGGGGGCUAUGCUAACCACCCUCCUCCCCCCACCUUGUGCCCCGCAGUGGCUGCAGAGCUGGGUGCAGCUGGACCCAGGGGCCAGGCUGCGUUGCUGGUUCUAUGCUGUGGCCGUGUCACGCCCAGGUGGGCGCCUCCUGCUGGACAUUGCCAGGCUCCAGCGCUGGCACGAGGGCGCCUACCGUUGCACCCCUAUGCCUCUCAAUGACACUUUCGUCCCUGAGCCCGGCCCAAGCAACGCCUCUGGAGAAGCCACCUUCCUGCUGCACGUGGACUACUUGCGGGACGUGUGGGUGACGUGGCCGGACGCAUGGUGUGGGACUGUGGGUGACACCGUGACCGUGACUGAGGGCGAGGACCUGGAGCUGGAGUGUGCUGCUGAGGCCUCGCGGCCCCCCAAGUUUGACUGGACCCGUGACGGCGAGGCCUGGACACUGCAGGCACAGACUCUGGGGUUGCGUGGGCUGCAGCAGGACCAGGCUGGUACCUACCGAUGCCAUGCGCGGCUGUCGGGCCUAACACAGAGCCGUGCCGUGACUGUGCUGGUGGAGCCACCCGCCGGCACCCAGCGCCUUGAGGCAGCACAGGCCCCUGGUGCGCCGGCGCUGGUCCUGGCCGUGGUGCUGCCCGUGGUGCUCCUGGUUGUGCUGGCAACAGUGCUGGCUGCCUGGGUGCAGUGCCGCCACCCUGCCAAGAGCCCCCCGCCGGAGGUGUCUGGCCAGCGCAUCCCCAUCUUCAAGGGCAGCCUGGAGUCGGUGCCGGGGGGUGCUGGGGACACGCACCCUCUGGUCCGCUGACACAGCCCCUGGGAUGCAGGAGCCGGUCGCUAGCUGGAUGCAGACCCUGCUGGAAGCACAGCUGAGGGGAGGGGGGCUGUAACAGGGGCGGGGGAGGCACCGAAAGCACUGACUGCAAUAAAGACACUAAACAUGG